UAGGGCGUUUGGCAUUAGGAGCUCGAGCCCAGCCUGCCCCGGCAGGGACCCCGACGCCCGCAGAGACCAUGCAGAGGUCGCCUCUGGAAAAGGCCAGCGUCCUCUCCAAACUUUUUUUCAGCUGGACUGGACCAAUUUUGUCAAAAGGGUAUAGACAGCGCCUGGAAUUAUCAGACAUAUACCAAAUCCCUUCUGCUGAUUCUGCUGACAAUCUGUCUGAAAAAUUGGAAAGAGAAUGGGACAGAGAGCUGGCAUCAAAGAAAAACCCCAAACUCAUUAAUGCCCUUCGGCGAUGCUUUUUCUGGAGAUUUAUGUUCUAUGGAAUCUUACUAUAUUUAGGGGAAGUCACCAAAUCAGUCCAGCCUCUCUUACUGGGAAGAAUCAUAGCUUCCUACGAUCCGGAUAACAAGCAGGAACGCUCCAUUGCGAUUUACCUAGCCAUAGGCUUAUGCCUUCUCUUUGUCAUGAGGAUGCUUCUCCUGCACCCAGUCAUUUUUGGCCUUCAUCACAUUGGAAUGCAGAUGAGAAUAGCUAUGUUUAGCUUGAUUUAUAAGAAGACUUUAAAGCUGUCAAGCCGUGUUCUGGAUAAAAUAAGUAUUGGACAACUUAUUAGUCUCCUUUCCAACAACCUGAACAAAUUUGAUGAAGGACUUGCUUUGGCACAUUUUGUGUGGAUUGUACCUUUACAAGUAGCGCUUCUGAUGGGGCUACUCUGGGAUUUGUUACAAGCCUCCGCCUUCUGUGGUCUUGCUUUCCUCAUAGUCCUCGCCCUUUUUCAAGCCGUUUUGGGAAGAAUGAUGAUGAAGUACAGAGAUCAGAGAGCUGGAAAGAUCAAUGAAAGACUCGUGAUCACCUCAGAAAUGAUUGAAAAUAUCCAAUCUGUUAAGGCAUACUGCUGGGAGGAAGCAAUGGAAAGAAUGAUUGAAAACAUAAGACAAACAGAACUGAAACUGACCCGGAAGGCAGCCUAUGUGAGAUACUUCAAUAGCUCAGCCUUCUUCUUCUCAGGGUUCUUUGUGGUGUUUUUAUCUGUGCUUCCCUAUGCACUGAUCAAAACAAUCAUCCUCCGAAAAAUAUUCACAACCAUCUCAUUCUGCAUCGUUUUGCGCAUGGCAGUCACUCGGCAAUUCCCCUGGGCUGUACAAACGUGGUAUGACUCUCUUGGAGCUAUAAACAAAAUACAGGAUUUCUUACAAAAGCAAGAGUAUAAGACGUUGGAAUAUAAUUUAACAACUACAGAAGUAGUGAUGGAGAAUGUAACAGCCUUCUGGGAGGAGGGAUUUGGGGAAUUACUUGAGAAAGCAAAACAAAACAGUAAUGACAGAAAAAUUUCCAGUGGUGAUAACAGCCUCUUCUUCAGCAACUUCUCACUUCUGGGUGCUCCUGUCCUGAAAGACAUCAAUUUCAAGCUAGAAAGGGGACAGUUGUUGGCGGUUGCUGGAUCUACUGGAGCAGGCAAGACUUCACUUCUAAUGAUGAUUAUGGGAGAACUGGAGCCUUCAGAGGGUAAGAUUAAGCACAGUGGAAGAAUUUCAUUCUGCUCUCAGUUUUCCUGGAUCAUGCCUGGCACCAUUAAAGAAAACAUCAUCUUUGGUGUUUCCUAUGAUGAGUACAGAUAUCGGAGUGUCAUCAAAGCAUGUCAGCUAGAGGAGGACAUUUCCAAGUUUGCAGAGAAGGACAAUAUUGUUCUUGGAGAAGGUGGAAUCACACUGAGUGGAGGGCAGCGAGCAAGAAUUUCCUUAGCAAGAGCAGUAUAUAAAGAUGCUGAUUUAUACCUAUUAGACUCUCCUUUUGGAUAUCUGGAUGUUUUAACAGAAAAAGAAAUAUUUGAAAGCUGUGUCUGUAAAUUGAUGGCUAACAAAACUAGGAUUUUGGUCACUUCUAAAAUGGAACAUUUAAAGAAAGCUGACAAAAUAUUAAUUUUACAUGAAGGUAGCUGCUAUUUUUAUGGGACAUUUUCUGAAUUACAAAGUCUACGGCCCGACUUCAGCUCAGAGCUCAUGGGAUAUGAUUCUUUUGACCAGUUUAGUGCAGAAAGAAGAAAUUCAAUCAUAACUGAGACUUUACGGCGUUUCUCGUUAGAAGGAGAUGCGGCUGUUUCCUGGAAUGAAACAAAAAAGCAAUCUUUUAAGCAGACUGGAGAGUUUGGUGAAAAAAGGAAGAACUCUAUUCUUAACCCAAUCAACUCUAUCAGAAAAUUUUCAAUUGUACAGAAGACACCAUUACAAAUGAAUGGCAUUGAAGAAGAUUUCAAUGAACCCGUAGAGAGAAGGCUGUCCUUAGUUGCUGGUAGUGAGCAAGGAGAGGCCAUCCUGCCUAUAAGCAACAUGAUCAACAGUGGCCCCUCGUUUCAGAGACAACGAAGGCAGUCUGUUCUGAAUCUGAUGACGAGCUCCCCAGGGAGCCAAGGUCAAAGCAUUCACCGAAGGACAGCCACAUCCACACGAAAAAUGUCUCUGGCCCCUCAGGCAAACUUAACUGAAAUGGAUAUAUAUUCAAGACGGUUAUCUCAAGAUAGUGGCUUGGAAAUAAGUGAAGAAAUUAACGAAGAAGACUUAAAGGAGUACUUUUUUGAUGAUGUUGAGAGCAUACCACCGGUGACUACAUGGAACACAUACCUUCGAUAUGUUACUAUCCACAAGAACUUAGUCUUUGUGCUAAUUUGGUGCUUAGUUAUUUUUCUGGCUGAGGUGGCUGUUUCUUUGGUUGUGUUGUGGCUGCUUAAUAAAACAGCUUCUCAAGAGAAAGGGAAUAGUACUCAGAGCAUAAAUAGCAGUUAUGCAGUGAUCUUCACCAAUACCAGCACAUAUUAUGUUUUUUAUAUUUAUGUGGGAGUAGCUGAUACUUUGCUUGCUCUGGGAUUCUUCAGAGGUUUACCACUGGUGCAUACUCUAAUCACAGUGUCGAAAAUCUUACACCGCAAAAUGUUACGUGCUGUUCUUCAAGCACCUAUGUCAACCCUCAACACGUUGAAAGCAGGUGGGAUUCUUAAUAGAUUCACCAAAGAUAUAGCAAUUUUGGAUGAUCUUCUGCCCCUUACCAUAUUUGACUUCAUCCAGUUGUUACUAAUUGUGAUUGGAGCUGUGGUAGUAGUCUCGGCUUUGCAACCCUACAUCUUCCUAGCAACAGUGCCCGUGAUAGCAGCUUUCAUUACACUGAGGGCCUACUUCCUCCACACCUCACAGCAACUCAAACAGCUGGAAUCUGAAGGCAGGAGUCCAAUUUUCACUCAUCUUGUUACAAGCUUAAAAGGACUAUGGACACUUCGGGCCUUUGGACGUCAGCCUUACUUUGAGACUUUAUUUCAUAAGGCUCUGAACUUACAUACCGCCAACUGGUUCUUGUACCUCUCCACACUGCGCUGGUUCCAAAUGAGAAUGGAAAUUAUUUUUGUCAUAUUCUUCAUUGCUGUUACCUUCAUUUCCAUUUUAACAACAGGCGAAGGAGAAGGAACAAUUGGUAUUAUUCUAACAUUAGCCAUGAAUAUCAUGGGUACAUUGCAAUGGGCUGUAAACUCCAGCAUAGAUGUGGAUAGCUUGAUGCGAUCUGUGAGCCGAGUCUUCAAGUUUAUUGACAUGCCAACAGAAGAAAGUAAACCACCUACCAAGUCAUUCAAACCAUCCAAGGAUGCCCAGCUCUCAAAAGUUUUGAUUACUGAGAAUCAUCAUGUGAGGGAAGAUGACAUCUGGCCCUCAGGGGGCCAAAUGACUGUCAAAGACCUCACAGCAAAGUAUAUAGAUGGUGGGAAUGCCAUACUAGAGAACAUUUCCUUCUCAAUAAGUCCUGGCCAGAGGGUGGGCCUCUUGGGAAGAACUGGAUCAGGGAAGAGUACUUUGUUAUCAGCUUUUUUGAGACUGCUGAACACAGAGGGAGAAAUCCAAAUAGAUGGUGUGUCUUGGGAUUCAAUAACUUUGCAAGAGUGGAGGAAAGCCUUUGGAGUGAUCCCACAGAAAGUAUUUAUAUUCUCUGGAACAUUUAGAAAAAACUUGGAUCCCUAUGGGCAGUGGAAUGAUCAAGAACUAUGGAAAGUUGCAGAUGAGGUUGGACUCAAAUCUGUGAUAGAGCAGUUUCCUGGGAAGCUCGAUUUUGUCCUGGUGGAUGGGGGUUACGUCCUAAGCCACGGCCACAAGCAGUUGAUGUGCUUGGCCAGAUCUGUUCUCAGUAAAGCAAAGAUCUUGCUGCUUGAUGAACCCAGUGCUCAUUUGGACCCAAUAACAUACCAAAUCAUUCGAAGAACCCUAAAACAAGCAUUUGCAGAUUGCACAGUUAUCCUCUCUGAACACAGGAUAGAAGCUAUGUUGGAAUGUCAGCGAUUUUUGGUCAUAGAGGAGAGCAAGGUGCGGCAGUACGAUUCCAUCCAGAAGCUGCUGAGCGAGAAGAGCCUCUUCCGGCAGGCCAUCAGCCCCUCGGACCGGCUGCGGUUCCUCCCACACCGGAGCUCCAGCAAGCACAAGUCUCUAUCCAAGAUCGCUGCUCUGAAGGAGGAGACGGAGGAAGAGGUGCAAGAAACAAGGCUCUAGAGGGCGCUACAAAUACUGGCGCCGGAUGGUCGCUUAUGAAAUUGGAGGAGAACACAGUUUCUGCUUCAGAAAACAAGGAUGAGUAAUGUUUAUUUUUAAAAGGGAAAAUUUUGAUAAGAGGAAAGAAGGACGCUCGGAUGGGUCUGGAUACAUGGCUUCCUGGCAGUGGUCAAAUUGUGUGAAAGGUACUUCACAUCCUUGAAGAUUUACCACUUGUGUUUGCAAGCCAGAUCUUCCUGAAAACUUUUUCCUUUUGGUAGUAAUUGGAAAGGUGGCUGUCCACGUCAGCCAGCGUAAUCAUUCAACUUACUGUGUAGUGAGGCUUGCUAAUGUGUAUUGUUGGAGGAGAACUGUAAUCCUACUAGUUAGAGAUAUGAUUAAGUAAAGAUAGUUGGAAACUUUAGUGGUUUAUGUAAGUUUAUAUCCCUUUGCCUCUACUCUCCCCAAGAUAUUUAAAAACACAACUCUUUCGUCUAUUACGCAGACUGUUCUGAUUCGAAGCAAGUAUUAGCAUGCUGCAAAAGUCACAAGUCAGCUCAUCUAAAUACAUACCAUAUAACAUCUAGGUAUCAAGAGAGAGAACUUCCUGAUCUGGGAAAUCCGUGUUAAUACCACUCACUGCUUUACCAAAAAUCCAAACAAUUCAGACAAUUAGGAUACAUCCCAUACCCAGGAAGAGGGCUGUUACAGUCCCACGUGGGGGAAAGGAUAAUUCCCUUGAUGCAGAAGUUGCCAUGACUUUCCCCAGCUUCCAGAAAGUAACAGGCUUAUAAGACCUUUGAACAGAAGGAUGGCUAGAAAAAAAAUGCUUAAUGCAAAUUGGCGCAAGAAAUCCUUCUUACCCCCAGAAACUCUGGGAAAAGAGUAUGUAAGCAGAUAGGCUGUGGGCGCUGCAGGUAGAUGUACAUGAAAUCCAAAGAUAUAGGUAUACAUAGGGUAAUGUGCAGUUUCAGGCUCGCUCUAGGCAUUUCCUACUGUGUAGACUGAGCAGGGACAGAUAAUCAGUUAAUGGGAGACACAGGAAAGAAUCAAUUCAUUUUAUAUGCUUCUAUUUAAAAGUUUGUGAUGCAAAUAAAAUUUUCUCUAGGAAAUAUUUAUUUUAAUAAUAUUUCAAACACAUAUAAAUGGCUGUAUUUUAAGAUGAUUAUAUUACGAAUUAUAUUUGUAUUAAAAGAAUUUUAUAUUUGAAAUGUUGGCUUUUUAUGGCACUAGCUAUUUUUAUGGUAUGUUAAAACUGAAGGAAAAAGGACUGGGGGGCUGUUGACCAGGGGUUAUGAAUUACCUUGAUGGUGUAGAGAGAAGCAUUGGGGCUCACAAAGAUUUGCACGUCUGUAUGAUUCCCUGCCAGCGCACAGGCUCCCUCUUAGAAAAUCGUACCACAAAAUCUGACCGCUCCUGUCAAAGACACAUGCCUUCCCAACUCCAAACUAACUGUUGAGAUUGCAUUCUAUUUAUUACUGUAAGAAAAUAUCAUGUGCCAAUAAAAUCCAUAUA